CGCGGCUGCGGGGACACCUCCCGUGCCGGGAACACCUGCACCACAACACCCUGCCAGCGCCCAGGGGGCUGGGCAGGCACCGGCAGGGAGCAAAGGCUGUACCCAACAGGGCCCAGGAGAUCCUUGGAGAAAAGGAGAAUUCUCUUCCAGGUCUGUUAAAAGUGGCUCUAGGCACAGACCAGUCACAUCUCUCAGUCGAUCACGGGGUGUCUCCAAUCCUGUCCGGCACAGCGGCAGCACAUGUUAUGCAUGGACCUGUGUUCACAAUAUUUGCUCUGGGAAAGCGGUUCACUUUUGUGACUGAGGAAGAAGGAACUGAAGCAUUUUUUAAAUCUGAAGACUUAAAUUUUGAACAGGCAGUACAACAAGCUGUCAAGAAUGCAGUCUCUGUUCCUGCAGAAGCAUUUUAUCAGAACCAUGGUAAUCUCUACAGCAUGAUGAAGGGGAAAAUGAGUCCCUCCAAUCUGCACAUGUUCUCGGGCACUUUGUGUAAGGAGCUCCAUGAGCACAUGGCUCACCUGGGCACGGAGGGCACAGGUGACCUCAAUGACCUGGUAAGGCAUGUCAUGUAUCCAGCAGUGGUGAACACCCUGUUUGGGAGGGGCGUCUGCCCAACCAGUCCGAGUGAAAUCGAGGAGUUUGAAGAGCAUUUCCAGAAGUACGAUGAGGACUUUGAAUACGCUUCUCAGAUGCCCGAGUGCUUCCUGAGGAACUGGUCUAAAUCCAAAAAAUGGCUUCUAAAAUUAUUUGAGAAAGUAGUGUUGGAUGCUGAGAGGACCAACCCUUCAGAGACUGCAUCCAAGACGCUUCUACAACAUCUUCUGGAUAACUUGCAGGGAAAACAUCUAGGUCCCAAUUAUGGUCUCCUGAUGCUCUGGGCUGCCCAAGCAAAUGCUGUGCCUGUUGCAUUUUGGACCCUUGCUUUCAUACUCUCUAAUCCUGCCAUAUACAAGAAAGUCAUGGAAGACCUGGCUUCUGUUUUUGGCAAAGCAGGUAAAGAUAAACUGGAGGUCUCUGAGGAGGAUCUGAAGAAGAUCCCUUUCAUUAAAUGGUGCACUUUGGAAGCCAUACGGUUGAGGUCUCCAGGUGCAAUCACCAAGAAAGUCAUAAACCCAAUUAGAAUUAAGAAUUUCACCAUCCCUGCAGGUGACAUGCUGAUGUUGUCACCAUAUUGGUUGCAUCGGAAUCCAAAAUACUUUCCUGACCCAGAAAUGUUCAAACCUGAUCGUUGGAAAGAGGCAAAUUUAGAGAAGAAUGCUUUCUUGGACAGCUUUGUGGCAUUCGGAGGAGGGAAGCAUCAGUGUCCAGGAAGGUGGUUUGCUAUCAUGGAAAUCCAGCUGUUUGCUGUGCUGUUCCUGUACAAGUAUGAAUUUGUGCUGUUGGAUGCAGUGCCAAAGGAGAGCCCUUUACAUCUGGUGGGGACACAGCAGCCCAUGGCACCAUUACGGGUCCGGUAUAAAUGCCGGGAAUGAAAGUUGUGCAGCACUGACCUUUCUUUGCCAGCCUGCGCUGGAUGGAUGAACCACUGAGCUGCUUCCCAAGCCCACAUCUUUAAACAGGUUCUCUGCCUGCAGAGUUCCUGAUUUCAGCUUUCCAUGCUGUAUGCUGUGCCAAACCAGUGCAGUUGUACCUGUGCUCCCCGCCAGCUGCCCACCUCCCAGUGCUUCAAUCCAAGCUCCCCUGCUGCAUUCAUAAUUUGUGGGCCAGUAAUUCACAGACUUUGCAAAUCUGGUAUACUAAACUCGUCAACCAAACAUUCAGGACAAAAAGAUGCAGUGUCUGGAAAUCCUGUGUGGAAGCUGUGCCAGAACCAGUGGAGAAGCAGCUCCCUGGGGCCAGGUCACUGCUUCCUGCAGAGCACUCUAAACCAAGGCCAAAAUGGUGCCUCGUGCUAAGAAAUCACGUUGG